AUGUCUAACAUUACCAACGCAACGUUGGCAUUGCACGCCGCCGAAAAUGGGUUGAGCACCGGCGCAAAGGCUGGCGCUGUUAUGGGGGUUGUGAUGCUCGGCCUACUCUUCACUAUACCUGCUGCCCUAUAUAUAUGUUUGCGAGAAGGUCGACGGAGAAAGCGUUCCCGGGAGGAAACUCAAGAGGAGCAGGGUCGGAGGGAUUGUCUGAUCCCACAGCGACCAACCGUGGAACAGAUACUAGGAACAAACAACAGAUCUUUACUAAAAGACCCUUUGAUCCCGAAGCGACCAACUGUGGAACAAAUCCUGGGUAUCGACAAGAGGUCUUUGCUGAGAGAUUUACCGAUCUACGAAGGCAAUGAGAUAGUUGGUCGACCCUCAUACCUCACUGCUGCUCCCGCGAGCGUUGGAAACUGGUACGAUGACCCGGCCCCUUCGUGUUCUCAUCAGGAUCAAGAAGAAUGUAAAAGUGUGGAUCCAUGGGAAGUCGAAUACGGCCCGAAUCCUGUCAUGUUUCCACACCUCGCUGGCCCUUUGUCGGAUCUAAGCACACUAUCGCCGGCACCGUUGGAGUCGAGUGCUUCUCAGUCAUCCUCGAAAGGCUUGACGGAUACAUCGCAAGCUACGUUACCGUUAGAUCUCCGAAGAGACAUCGAAGUCGAAUACCAUCAAUCAGAUGGUGGCUCAGGAGAGUUUCAGAGACCGUCAGAAAGCAGCUCAAUAUUCUCGUUGGAUACUGAGGUAGCUUCUAGCAGCUCGUCGUUUACUCUACUCAAUACCGAGUCUGGAGAUGACCUCUCUCCAAAGCUCACAGGCUCCACGAUUGACUCUCCUUGGAGCAAGAUAUCACUGCCCAUGGAAGAACUGGUCUUUGUUCCCGCUUCAACACUGAAUACGACCGUAUACUGCCAGUCGUCCAGUGUUGGUAUGCCAAAAUCACUGCCGAGUGACAUUGGUGGGAAAGCGAGCCCUGACACGGAGUUGUUGCCUACACCAGCAUCAAAGUCACCUCUUGGAAGCAGCUUAGCACUCACCGUAUCCAGUCGUCCCCAAUUUACCAACGAUAAGACUACCCUUCAAAAUCACCACAACCGCAAACACAACCUCCGUUACCCUUGCACACUAUGCCCAGCAGCCUUCGGUCUACGGAAAGACCUCGAGCGCCACGAGCAUACCGUACACAAAGAACACUUCAAAUCCGAACAGGUAUUUCGCUGCACGAAUGAAGGAUGCGCCACGCCUGCGAUAGAGUUCAACCGUAAGGAUAACUUCCAGCGGCAUGUCAAGCGCUGUGAGAAGGCAAUUGCACACGCGAGUGGGAAAUCGGGAUGAGUGUCUCGCUACGCAUGUGCUUCUGUCCUGAUCUGGAAAUUACGGCAUGAUCAGACAUGCACGUAAACUCGCUUGCAAGACG